AUGUGGUGCUCCAAUCUUCGAAGCCGCUCUGAAUGGGCACCAGCCGUCCGCGCUCUUUCUGACAAUGCCCUUCGCCUCAAGGAGGCCAACAUCAAAUUGCACGACAUCAUCCUCCCUAUCCCGGAGCAACGCCGCUCUCUCCGUCUCGUCCUCCUCUCACCAGCAGACCUCGAUGGCCAGACCACAGAGCAGCGCGUCGAACGCCUCGCCAAUCUCGAAGGCGGCAGCAACGCAGCCGUCAUCUUCCUCGUGGACCCGCUGGGACAGAAGAAGGACCCAAUGGAGGUGUUCAUGAAGCUUCAAAUCCAGAUGCUCGACAAGCACGACAUACCUCUCAUCCCCCUGGCCUCCGCCUCCGACCUACCCAGCACCCUCGCCGCGCUCCGUUCCUCCGCACAACAACCCCCUCCCCAGCCGCAGCAGUCCUCAAUCUUCCUCCUCCAGCACAUGACCGCCGGCCGUCCCCUGACAGAGCACGCCGCGAACCUCCUCAGCGAACUCGGGCGCUGCCCAGCCGAAGUAGCCGCCCUCGCCGCCACCCCCCACGGGCGCGCGCGGAUCCUCGAUCUGCUGGGCGAAGCAGACGGCAAGCGGGUUCUCGACUUCCUCAAGAUCGAGACCAACGCGCAUUGA